AUGAAUAUGAAUGAAUCACUUGUUGCAAAUGAUGGCACAAAGUUCGCAAAUGUGAAACACUACAAGAGUAUAGUUGGAGGCUUGAACUACCUAACUCACACCAGACGUGAUAUUCCAUUUCUGGUUAGCAAAGUUUCAAGAUUUAUGCAUAGUCCUUCAGUUCAUCAUCUAGGAGCAGCAAAGAGGAUUCUUCGCUGUAUAGUUGGAAUGUUUGAGUUUGGGAUUUGGCACUCAAAUGUACCUAAUCUGAAAUUAUAUUGGUUUAUUGAUAGUGAUUGGGGUGGUUGUUUGAAAGAUCGAAGGAGCACCUCUGGUUAUGUUUUUUCUCUUGGUUCAGGUGUUGUUUCAUGGAGCUCAAAAAAACAAGAUAUCGUAGCACUAUCCUCAUCAGAAGCGGAGUAUUUUACAACAACAUCAUCGGCUUGUCAAGCUAUGUGGUUAAGAAGGAUACUUAAUUGCCGAUCUUCUACAAAAGCAAGUUGGCCUAACAGAAAUCUUUUGUGA